AUGGAGGCUGGCGUGGAAGGCCUCAGCAUCGCCCAGAAACAGAAAGCCAACGAGAGGCAUCACAGGGCCGAAGUCAUGAUAGCCGGAGAGCAACUGAGGUAUGUUUCGCGCCUGUCAUCUGUCAGGGGGGCUGGUGGCCUGUCCGUCUGCGAUGAACAUUUCGAUUACAAGGACACCAAGCUUCUCUACCGCUUCCGCAAGGACGAUGGGACCUUCCCCCUCAACAAGGACGUGAAAGUGUUCCUGAGAGGUCAGGGCCUCUAUGAGGCGCUUAUCGGUGCGGAAGAGUCGAUCCUGAAAGUCAGAGAAGAUAACUCGGUGAAGUACCAAAGAACCUUUCUGGGCUGCGAAAUGAUUGACUGGCUGAUCCAGGAAGGAGAGACGGCAAACCGCAAGGAGGCGGUUGAGCUUUGCCAAACCUUGCUUGAACAUGGGAUUAUCCAACAUGUCACCAACUGGCAUCAUUUCCACGACGGGAACCUCCUUUAUCAGUUCCGCAUCAACUUCCGCCGGAGAAGGCGUCUCACGGAGCUACUGAGCGAGAACGCGCCCCGGGCUCUUUCGGACAGUCCUGACAGCCCUUUCUGCCUCCGCAAGCUGAACCCGGAACAGAGUGGUUCGAGCUUCCUAUCAGUGCAACCCAAUAAGGAAAUCAAGAUGGUCUCAGCCGUUCGAAGGAGCAGCGUCACCUCACUUGCUGGAGGGGCCAAUUCGUAUUUCAAUCCCUCCCCAAGUUUUGGGCUUCCGCCCACUGCUGAAUGCAACCCCAAAUCUGUGUUAAAGAGGUCUGUCACAAAUGAGGAACUCCUGAGCCCUGGGGCACCAUAUAUCAAGAAAACACUCACGAUUGUGGGAGAUGCGGUUGGUUGGGGAUUCGUGGUCCGGGGAGGUCAACCGUGCCACAUCCAAGCUGUGGAUCCAGGUGGACCGGCUGCUGCCGCCGGCAUGAAGGUAUGCCAGUUUGUGUAUUCUGUGAAUGGGAUAUAUGUUUUACAUUUGGAUUACCAGACCAUCAGUAGUCUCAUCAUGACUGGCCCACGGACUCUGGUGAUGGAGAUUAUGGAGGCCGUUGAAUGACUGAGGAACCUCCCCCCCCACACACACACACAUUCUCAUAUUUUCCCCCCUGAACCCCCCCCCCCAUUAUUUGUCCUAGAUCAGACAUCCGUUUCGUUCACUGUGGAGCAGCCAUUUUGCAAAGUAUUUCUUCUGAAGCCAGUGGUCUGCCACCAUAACACUGGUUUAAUUCUCUCACUCCUCUUUCCCUGUAUAUUUUUUUUCUUAUCCCUCUUUUCCCCUGCAUGUUGGCUUCCUGUGUGUGAUUGGCUCCACCUCCUGCGGCAGCCAUUUUGUGGCUGGUUCUGCCUCCCGUGCUGGCCAUUUUGUGGUUAUGCCCCCACCAAUCGGAAUUCCAGAUGUGACCUCAGGCUCAGAAAGAUUGAGGACCCCUGCUUGAAUGUGAAGCAUUGUCCUCUACUAGUUUCAUUUCUGUUUUGUUCUCUCAAAUUUGUGUGUGUCCCCACCUCCCACAAACUCUGUGUUCUUAUAGGCCCCUUCUGCACUUGCAAAAUAAC